CUGUUCUUAAGGCGUCGCCUAGGCGACAAGACGCGAUUGGCAACCUGGGCGUCUGCUUCGCCUUGGCCGACUGCGUAUGGCGUCCGCCUUGCGCCGAAGGCGUCGUCUAGGCGUCCAUAGGCGUCUCCUGGGCGUCCAAUUGGAUGAGGUGGGCGCCAUACGUGAGGCUCCAGGCGGGAAAGAGGGGAGGCGCGCGGGAACAGACCGAGCGGCGGGAAAUCGAGCGGGCAAAGACGGAGCGGCGGGAAAUCGAGUGGGAAAUAGAGGCUGGCCACCAACAAAGCUUGCAAUCGACGCAAUUUGGGAGGGAAACGGAGAGAGCUGACCUGUGGAUAGGGUUGGAAGAGAAGAGGGCGGCGCCUGGAGCUUGGGUCGCGGCAGCCGGCGGCGCAUCCUCGGCCCAUCCGCCCCUGGCCCCUUCGCCCCUCCACUGCUGCUUUUCUGCCCUCUGCUUCUCCACCGCCCCUCCAGCGCUGCCCCUCCGCCCCUGCAGCGCUGCCCCUCUGAUCUGUUCUAGUGGCCUCUUCUCUGCUCUCUCCUAUGGCCAGCUUGCUACUUGGGAGAAGAGAAUGGAUGGAAAGAGCAGCAGCAAAGGGGAGAAUGGGUGCUACAACAGCUCAACAAAGGUAUGUAUGUGUGCUACUAAAUUAUGCUGUCAUAGUAUUCUAACAUAUGUCUAUGGCGUCGCCUCGCCACGCGCCUUACGCGCCUAGGCCUCCUUAGAGGGGUGGGAUCGCCACAGACGCCUCA